UUUUGGCGAAACAGGCGCCCUCAGCAAAGCGCACUGUUAGGUGGGCUGAGGGGACGUCGGCGGCUGUGGAGCCGGGGAAGUUCGGGUGGCCGCUGCCUGCGCUGCGACUCGGGAGGCAGGCUCAAGCCUCAAAGACUAGAGUCGGGCGGACCGGCCUACGACGCUGGCGGGCCUGCUGCGGUCGUCUCGCGUCCUCUUGCCGGGGAAAAGUGUUUAAACUUCUAAAAUGUCAUCUAUCAAACACCUAGUUUAUGCAGUUAUUCGUUUCUUACGGGAGCAAAGUCAAAUGGAUGCUUAUACUUCAGAUGAACAAGAAAGCUUGGAAGUUGCAAUUCAGUGCUUGGAGACGGUUUUUAAGAUCACCUCAGAAGAUACACACCUAGCGGUUGCACAGCCCUUGACAGAAAUAUUCACAAAUUCCCUCUGUAAGAAUGAUAUUGUGCCCCUCUUAAACUCGGUGGCUGAAGAUGUGGGGAAAGCUGACCAAUUAAAAGAUGAAGGCAAUAAUCACAUGAAAGAAGAAAAUUAUGAUGCUGCAGUGAAUUGCUAUACACAGGCAAUAGAAUUGGAUCCAAAAAAUGCGGUUUAUUACUGCAACAGGGCUGCUGCUCAGAGUAAAUUAGGUAACUAUUCAGAUGCAAUAAAGGAUUGUGAAAAAGCAAUAGCAAUUGAUUCAAAAUACAGCAAGGCCUAUGGGAGAAUGGGGUUGGCCCUCACUGCAAUGAAUAAAUUUGAAGAAGCAGUUACAAGUUAUCAAAAGGCAUUGGAGCUUGACCCUGAAAAUGAUUCCUAUAAGUCAAAUCUCAAAAUAGCAGAACAGAAGCUAAGAGACGUAUCCAGUCCUAUAGGAACUGGAUUGAACUUUGACAUGGCCAGCUUGAUAAACAAUCCAGCCUUCAUUAGUAUGGCUGCAAGUUUAAUGCAGAAUCCUCAAGUUCAACAGCUAAUGUCAGGAAUGAUGACAAAUGCCAUUGGGGGACCUGCUGCUGGAGUUGGGGGCCUCACUGAUCUAUCCAGCCUCAUCCAAGCGGGACAGCAGUUUGCUCAGCAGAUACAGCAACAGAAUCCUGAACUUAUAGAGCAACUGAGAAAUCAUGUCCGGAGCAGGUCAUUCAGCAGCAGCACUGAAGAACAUUCCUGACUUGACCAGGGACCAUAGCUCAGAAUGCAAAUGGUUUCUCUGAAAUGUUUACCAUAGAUAAUGGCCAUAAAAAGCACCAUAGCUGAUUUUUGAAAAUAAUGGAGCAAAAACUCUU